CAGACAGCCCUCUUCAACUUCACGAGCCUCCUGCUCGUCAUCCUCCUUCUUAUCUGCACAUGCGCCUACCUUCACCAACUAUUCCCUGCGAUUUUGGACCGGAAUAAAACUGGAAUCAUGGGCAUAUUCUGGAAGUGCGCACGUAUAGGGGAACGGCUGAGCCCGUACAUGAGUUUGUGUUGUGGGGUUAUGGCGGUGAGUUUUCAUCAUACCGUCUGGUUUUUGGUGUCUCGAUGUGUUCUUACGCUCUCGGCCCAAUGGUUCUGUGGCUGUGGCCUGACCUGGGACACGAGCAAGAAUGGUAUGCACACCAUAGACGAUGGGAUGUCUGCUAACAAGGUGGUGGCCGUUUUGUUAGAUCUCGAUUUUCGUCGGCAUGUAAAGUAUUCCCGAGUGCAAAACGGAGUUGGGGACUGUAACGCGGCUUAG